AACAAUGUUAGUACUUGUUAUAUUAUAUGAGUGCGCAAUAUGAAGUUGCUUGGGUCAAGCAGCGUAUGAUACCACAAACUAAGAUAACUGCAUAUAUUUUAACUUUGACAAUGUCGAAUUGGGGUGUUGAAGUUAGCUGUGGGUCUAACUUUAUGCUGAGAAAAUUUCAAGGUAUCAUAUACCAAGCAGCUAUUGAUUAGGUGACAGACUCCGCUUGUCAACAAAUGCUGGGCGCGUAGCGCGCGCACAUCUGAGUUGUUUAAGGUAUACGUGAGUCAAACUGCAACUGUGGCAGAUAUUUGCUCCGAAUCUCAUAUUUUGGGUGCGCUGUGAUAUCUAACAAGUUAAUGACCGCAUGGUUACCGUUCGUUAAAUCAAGUCGUCGUUUAAAGUGUUGUGAAAAAAAAACCACUCAUGGAAAGGUUGCAUAGAGAACCUUCGACAUACAUUAACACAAGGGAAUACAAUGCCUUCAUAAACGGGCUAAGGCAGUUCCAUCAAAAUGCAGGGACAAAAUUUCGCCAUGUACCACAGAUAAAUGGCAAAGAAAUUAAUCUGUAUUCUCUCUACAAUCAUGUAACUGCCUUAGGUGGUUGGCAAAAGGUCAAUGACAAUCACAAAUGGGAAGAAGUUCUUGAAACCUUAAACAUAACAAAAAGCUGUGUUAAUGCUGGUGUGGCCCUGAAGAAGAUUUACAUUAGAUAUCUUGAUUUAUACGAGAAAAUAUAUUUCCUUGGAGAGGUUCAUGACAGUGGUCAACCUUUGGAAAGCCAAGCCCGCAAAUCUUACGCUUCUAUGCACCACUCGCUGCCCAACUACGCACAUCACGAAGCCUCAGAUUCUUUAAGGAACUCAGCUGGACAACCCAAGUCUAUCCAAACAACAGAAUACAACAAACUGUGCCUAUCUUUUCUUAGUGGACUGCCAAAUGAACAAGACUUUGCAUUAAACACUUGCAACUUAUUAUCAAAUGAGGGACAACGUGUACACUUACUUCAUCUGAAACACACUCCCCAGUUGGUGGAUCUACUUGUAGCACAAACAGGAAUCUGGCCUUACUAUGAUGCUAAACUUCGUGAAGUGUACCUGGAAAUCUGGAAAGAUGUGGAAGGAAGAAAGAUGGAAGAAUUUUGGAAAACCUUUCUAGAUUGUAGUCAUCCUGAAAUAAUGUCACUCUGGGGGAUGAAUAAUAACUAUAGAGAUGAAGAUAGUGAUUUCUUAAAUUUAGAUCAAGAUCCGCAAGGUUACUCCCAAGAAGGAGAAAGAAUAUUAAAGGUUCUUGUAAUCCUUUACAAUCUCUCUUUUGAGAAACACAAUGUCCAAGUUUUGGCCCAAAAUCCAAACUGUAUUAGGCUUCUUCUUUUAAGUUCCCAUUGUAAAUGGUCAUCACUAAAGCAGAUUGCUUUAGAUACAAUAGGAAAUCUGGCAUCCCAGAUAUCUUUGAAUCUUGAGAAAAGUUUAAGUUCAAGACUUGUGUGGUGGACGGUUUCAGAAGGCAUUCUAUCGUCAGACAGAUUUCUUAUUAUCAGAUCCUUAGAAAUUUUGUCCCAACUUUGUUUGUGUGAAAAUAAUGAAGAAAUAAUAACUUCAAAUCUGAAAUUUCAGAUAUGGGAGAAAAUAUUCUCUUUCCUAACUGUUCAUGACAUAAUGCUUAUAAUUUAUACCUUGGAAGCAUUGUACUCUUUCUCUGGACUAGGAAAAAGAUCUUGUGAAAAGCUUAUUCGAGUUCACAAAUGUGUAGGAAUUCUAGUGUCUCUAUUGACUUUUGAACCUUGCAUGUAUGGUGUUAAUGCUCAGUCAGACUUCAAGCUAGUGGAGGUGUGUGAGCCAGUAGAUGAGUCAGACAUACAGCAUGCUACGAGGUCAAAUGAUGGUAACACCAACAGUCACUUUGUAUCAUCUCCCAGUGUUACAGAAAUGGACUCUGAAUCAUUUGCUUCUCAUUGGUUAAAGAGUCUCUAUGAGUAUGCACCUGGUCAUUCAGUAAUAAGGGAUGAGUUAUAUGCUGAUUAUGUUAAAGAGUGCAGCCGAGCAGGAAGGAAAGGAGUUUUAAAUGCUGCAAAUUUUAACAGUUGUGUCAAAAAAAUGUUUCCUCAGUCUGCAUUGAAGAUGUUAGAGUCUGAAAAUUACCUUUUAUCCUUCCACCAUAAAGGUAUUCGUAAAAAGAAAAAUCCUAACUUUUUACCAUCUAAACCAUCUCCAAGUGCUGUCCACUUAAAGUCACAAGUGUUGAAGCCAGGUUUGGCCAACACAACUCUAUUGGGCUCACCGCUACCUUGUACUCCAUCUCCUCCACCUGGUUCAGUAACAAAUCCAAAUACCAGCCCAAUUUUGAAAGCACAGUUGUCUGCUCCACCCCGUUCUUCUACACCUUCUCCACGCUACAACUCAAUGCUGAGCCAAGUUCUUGCUACUUGUCCCUCAAGACCCACCUCAUCUACUCAUUCCCCUACAUCCUAUCAAGGGGCAACAAGUAGAUCUAGUACCCUAAUCAAAAGCCUUCUGGCCAGCAAGGUCUCUACAGCUAUCAGUGAUUCACAGAAUGCUUCUGUUAUAGUGACAGAAAAUAAUUGGUCGAAUCAGUCUCCUCAAGCACAUGUUCCUUCUACAAUAUCCACAAAUAUUAUUCCCAGUCCAGAAGAAUCUAAAGUUGGAUCUACAACAAAACCUACAUCUUCCACCUCGUUUACUUCAUCAAGUAAUCCUAAUCGAACUAAAAGUGUUAUCACCCAUACUAGGUGUGCUAAAGUGAAACUUUCAGUUCCCACUCAUUUUAAUGGAAUUCAGAAAAAGGUUUGCUUCCAAGAGGAGAAGGCCAAAAAUCUCAAGAAUACAGAGAAUCAAUCCCAGAAAAAUGGUUCAUCCUUUGAUCAUAAUAUGCCAACAAAUUAUAAAAUUUUAUCCCAUUCCUCAAAGGAAUGGGCAAUAGAUGAUGUAUCUAAUGUCCAGAACAAGUUACCACUUCCCAAUCACUUAUGUGCAACCAUUAGUUCUCCCCUUUCUUCUAAAGAAAUCCCUGUAGAAAAUACACUUAAGUUUAGAACUUUAACUAUUAAGAAUCAAAAUGGAAAUAUGUUAGUAAAUCCUACCACCCCUUUAUCACUUUCACCUCCUUCCAAUCAAACAUCAACAACCAAAGUCACUUCAUCUACACAGUUUCUUAAAUCAGUUCUUAGUAGAAUCCAGGAACCUGAAACUGAGGAAGAAAGAUGUAGCCAACAGACAGUUAAAGGAAAAGCAUAUAAGAACUCUCCACUUUUAAAUGGAUUACUAGAUAAGGGAAAGUUACCAAUGGCACCACAGAUAAAUAGCUCUCAUUUACUAAAUGGUAAGGAAGGCAAUGAAAAAAACUGUGCAGUGUCAGAAACUGUGCUUGUGAAUAGUGUUAAAGUUGAAAAUGGAAAUGCAGUCUCUAAGGAAAUUAAUCUUAGAGAAACUAGUGAUAGUGGUGAUUCAGUGACUUCCAGUACAGAAGUUUCAGGGAGUUUAUCUUUGCAAAAAUGUUCUCUGAAAGAAAGGCUUAACAAAACAAAUGGUUCAAGGAACAGUUUGGAACAUCCCAGUCAAAGCCCAGAUCUUUCUUCCAUAUCUGACAUUGCUCAUACUCUAGACUGUGCAUCCAAAGCUAUCACCAGGACUAACAUAGAAUGUAGCUCAAUAAAUAACACAUUAGUGCUUUCAACAGCUGUGAGCAGCACCAGUAAUGUUGUCACUUCACGUACCCUUCCUAUCAGCAACUGUCCCAAAGCAGCUUUUAUCGUGAAUGUUGUUAAUCCGAGCCGCUCUGCACACUCCAAACAGUUAUUGUUGCGUGCUGCAGGUACAGUUGCAACUAAGGCAAAUGAAAAUUAUCAACAUUUAUUGUUAAAGCCAGUUACCUAUUCCAGUAAUGUAGAUGAAGUUCCCCGAAAAGUUUUGUUACACUCAAUUGUUGAUUCCUUAAUUAAACCAGAGGAAACAGCUCAGAAAGUAGUUUUAAAACCUGUUAUCAGUUCUCAGACUGAUUCUAGUGAAAAUCUCCAGAAGUUAUUGGUUCAAGCUACUGUUAAUUCUUCACUAAAUCUCGAGGAAAUUUCUCAAAAGUUUUUGGUACAAUCCACUGUUAAUUCAUCAGUCAAUUUGAAUGAAAUUCCCCACAAAAUUUUUGUGCAGACCAAUGCUACUCCUUCAGGCAAUCCAAUUGAAAUUCCGCAAAAGUUGUUGGUGCAAGCUACUGUUAGUUCUUCUGUCAAACCAAGUGAAAGUGCCCAAAAGUUAAUUUUUCGAUCUAAAAAUAAUCAGAAUGAAGUAUCAGAAAAAAAUUCAUUACAGUCUGUUAUCACCUCUUUAGUAAGUUCCAAAGAAACUUCUCAGAAGUUAUUUCUAAGUGAUGUGAAGAAGCCUGGAAUGAAAACAGCAAAUGAAAACUCCCAAAGAGGAUUUAUAAAAGUUUCUAAUGAAACAGGGAAUAAGCCAAAUAGUGAGAUAAAGUUAAUGUGUUUUCAACAUUCCUCCAAAUUUCCAACUGCUGAAACUAAUUUUUCCCAAAAUAAACAUGUCAAACGACCAUCCACUAAUAUCAGCCCAUCAACAAUAAACCAACCAGAGGUCAAGAGGCUACGGCAUGACUCACAAACAGUGAUAGGUCAGAAUAAUGAAAGAGUGAAGUCUCCUAGUUCUGCAGUUAUUUCUAGGACAGUUAUGCCAGAGGUUAAUAAUUUGAAUCAGUGUCUAGGAUUAGUUUCCAAGAAAUUACAACCUUCAUUUUCUAAUGUAAAUGUCCAGCAACAAUGUCAGUCAUCUGAGAACCCUGCAAUUAAACACUCCACUACAGGAAAGAAAAAUGAAGGAGUCCAGUCUAGUAAGAGUUCUAGCACAAUAUCAAGAACAAAACCACCUCAAAAAUCAAGUUCAGUUCCUGAAAUGAAGUAUACAUGUGGUUGGAAAGGAUGCGGAAAGACAUUCCAAACACCUUCAGCUGUAUUAGUACACACCUAUAAAAUCCAUACACCCACAGUCAAUGGAGACUUCAUUUGUCAGUGGGAUGGCUGCGACACACUGAAAAGGAAACAGCUCUCAUUACUUACCCAUUUUCAGGACUAUCAUUGCAUCGAGCAAGUACUUCGAAAUCAUGGGAAGUCAACCACUGCCCAUCCUUUUUCACCACCUCCUCAUCCGGGAUAUGCACCAGAUGCUGCACGAUUAGCCAUACGAAGACAUGCUGUAGAGUUUAUUAAUCCAAGGGAGUUUACUGAAAAAAAAGAAAGCCCUCUAGAGAAAAGUAUUAGAAUUACUGCAGCCCUCAUCCUAAGGAAUCUUACUGUAAACUCAGAAUUAGCACGCAGCUACUUAAAAAGAUACGAACCAGAUCUUACUCUCCUAGCCAUGUCAUCAAUGGAAGCAUCUCAGAUUAUUGCCCACUGUUUAGCUGAAGCAGAUGGAAUUCAAGACAGUUAAAUAUCUUCUGGGUACAUAUCUCUUGGUUUAACUUGAAUGUACAUUAUCUGUUGAACAUGCUCUAGUGUAAAAAGUGUCUUUUGAACUUCUUGCAAUAUAUGAUCAGUGCAUCACUGUGUAAACAUUACCAGUUUGCUUCUCCCACAAAACAAGCAGUGCAUCGUUGUGUAAACAUUACCAGCUGACUUGUCCAACAAUAUGAUCAGUGCAUCCAUUAUCAGUUGGCUUUUCCCACAGUGCAAUCAGUGGAUUACUGUGUAUAUGUAAUCAGUUGAACAGUAAGUCACUGUGUAUAGCUUACUUGUCCCACAUUUUGAUCACCUGACCAGUUGAACUUCUUCCUAAGUAAAAAUACUAUUGGUUGAAUUUUGUUCCACAAGAUGAUCAUUAGGGUAAUUUUAUAUACUUUAUUAGUUGAACUUGUCCUGUAUAAUAAAUGGAUCAAGACUGUAUGUAAGUUUAUAUUUUACCAGCUUCACUAGUAAGGUUUAUGCAGUUUAUAGGAAAGAAAAUCUGUGAUGUCAUGCAAGCCAACUUGGUGAACUUUCCAGCCAAGUAUUGGAAAACCUCAGUCUUACAGAUGUUUUGAGGUGGUGUUUUUGUAAUAAUUAAGGAAAUUUUAUUUAAGUGUUGAAUUUAAUGUAACUUGGUACCUGUAAAUGCAGUAGUAAUAUUAAGUUUUCUUGCCCCUGUUAGAUUUGACUACAAGAAAUGUUGUUUAUAUAUAUAUAAAUAUAUACAUGCUUUACCUCGUUGUUUACAAAAUAAUGUAAAAUGGCCAAUGAUAAUAACUAAUAACUGUGUUCCCAUUGAUCAUGUAUUUUUUUACAAAACACAUGGACCAAACAAGAAGGAAGUGCUUCUUGUACAUUUACAAUGUUUGGAAAUUAACGUUAAUUUUUCUUUUUCAUGUAUGGAUGAGUAUUUUUAGAACUUGAAAUUCACUAGAAAAAGUGUUUUAUCUGAUAUUUUGUUUUCAUUCAUAAAAGUACAAAACAGUCAUGUGUACUUAGAAUACAUGCUGUCAUCUUUUUCUAAUUGCUUGAUAUUUUCAUAAAUUGUAUUUAAAAAAUUUUUUAGUAUUGAUAUAUUCAGUUUGGCUUUAUUGUACUGUUAUUGAGGGUUGAACUUUCAAGCAUUCCAGGUAUGAAAAUAGUUUGUUUUUUUGUUUGAAAAUAAUCAAAAGCAAAUUUUGUUUUCAUAAGUAAAUUUUCAGUGUUCAUAGGAAAUAAGUUUAUAUAACAUCAUAGCACACAUCACCAAAUUAGAUAAUAUUUUUCUUUCUUACGUUUGUAACAGAGAGGGGAAGAGUAGAACAAAACUUGCUUUUCAGUUUGAAUUCCCAGAGACUUUAUUUAUUUUGAGGUUAAGUGUUGAUAGGAUUUUAUUUCUUUCGAGAUUAAAUCUUUGUAUGACUUAAUAUAUAAGUGAAAAAUAUUAUUAAUCAUGUAUUAUCUCUUUAGCUUAAAUGUGACUUUUCUUUGAUUCUAACCACUGAAAUCUGUUUCCAGUACCUUACCAAACUGACCAUUUACCAGAUAUAUAAUUGAUAAAUAAAAUACCUUUCCACCUCUGAGUAGCUUAGCAUUGGACUGGAUCUCUAAACUGUUUGGAUUGUUUUAUGUAUAAUUAUGAGGGUGCAUAACUGUUCAGACAUUGUUGUUGUUUUUUUUUUAUUUUAUUUUUUUACAUUUGUUCGAUAAAUGUUUUAUAAGAUUAUUGACCUUUCCCUCCCACAUAUUUAAAACCCAUUACCUAUUCUUGAAUGUACUCUGUUUUUGUUUUUUGCCAUUGUGCAUCAACAGCGAAUGUGGAUAAAUUUUUGUACAAUAAAAUGUAACUCUAUAUGUAUAAAAUAAACAACUUCUGAAUAA